ACCUUUUGAAAUGGUUGCAUGGUGCAUUUAUAUUUUUGUUCAGUAUACUUUGUAGCUACAUUUCAAUGGGGCCUACCCUAGCUUCCUGGAGUCAGUUACAGGUAACCGACAAGAAAACAUCAGGUGUCUUACUAUGGUGCUGGGCCACCACAGCUUCAAUGCACCUUGGCAUAGAUUCUACAAGUGUCUGGAACUCUUGGAGGGAUGCGGACACCAUUCUUCUCCAAAAUAUCCUAACAUUUGGUGUUUUGUUGAUGGUGGUGGAAAACCCGCUCUCAUGCACCACUCCAGAAUCUCCCAUAAGUGUUCAACUGGGUUGAGUUCUGGAGACUGACACACCCUUUACAUCCCCUAUGCUCCUUUGAGACCCCUCUUUCAAAGUGGGCAGCUGGGCAUUUUUAAACAUGACCAUAAGCAUGAUGGGAUGUUAAUUCCUUAAUUAACUCAGGAACCACACCUAUGUGGAGCCACCUGCUUUCGAUAUACGUUGUAGCCCUCAUUUACUCAAAUGUUUCUUUUAUUUGGGCGGUUACAUGUACCUCUUGUGACCGACAUUUGCAGGCGCACUAACAAUGUAAUAACCAUACCUAUUUUAUGGGAAGUAGGCCUAAAACAGUUCAUACAUCCUCAAUCUAAUGUUUUUUUAUGGUGAAACUGGUUGAUGGGGAUGUGAGCUUCUAGCUCCAGAAAUGCAUUUUGGGUAAUCUUCGUGGUUCGCGUGGGGGGGUGUUAAAGCGCUCGGCUUCUGCUUCCUUCUAGUAAAUAAAUAAACGCCUAAUUUAUCAGUUAAUAACACAAUCAGACUUGGCAGUGAGCGAACAACCGUAUUCUGUCUCGUGCUGUGAGCUAAUAGCUAACAAAUUCUUAAACACGUCGCCGGCAACCCAGAUCUGUUGACAAUCGGAAAGGAUUAGAUUUGAUCCAUCAUCUAACGAGAAGGAAACCGGGUUGAGUGGAGAGGGGAAAAUGGAAAAGCAGUUGUUUGGAGGAGUUGCCGGUGGAGAUGGCACUGCGCAGCCGGGAGUACCGAAUCGAAACAAGCCUCGGACGUUGGCCACCUCUGGAUCGAAACAGGAUAGCGUGGAGACGUUGGACAGUCCUACAGGUUCUCAUGUAGAGUGGUGUAAGCAGCUGAUAGCAGCCACCAUCUCCAGCCAGAUAUCAUCUGUACCUGCAGACACUGCAUCCGGAGACUGCAAGCCUCCUAGAGACGGAACCAAGCAGGUCCAGACGGAUGAGGUUCCACUGGUACCGGGAGAGACCAUCAAGGCUGUGGCCAAGGAUGUGAUGUACAUCUGUCCCUUCACGGGUUUGGUGACCGGAACCCUCACCAGCACCAACUAUAAACUAUACUUUAUCAGUCUGGAGCGGGAUACUCCGUUCAUCCUGGAUGUGAACCUGGGAGCGAUCAGCCGUCUAGAGAGCAUCAGUGUUCAGAGUCAUGGAGAGAACACAAGGGGCAUGGAGAUAGUCUGUAAGGACAUGCGUAGUCCCAGGUUUGCCUAUAAGGAGGAUGCCAGCCAACCAGAGAUAGUGGAGGUUCUAGCCAAACACACCUUCCCCCUAUCAAACGACCUGCCCCUGUUUGCCUUCCUGUAUAAGGAGGAGUUUCCUGUGGAUGGGUGGAAGGUGUAUGACCCGAUGGCAGAGUACAAGAGACAGGGUCUCCCCAAUGAGAGUUGGACCAUCAGUAAGAUGAACAGUAGUUAUGAGCUGUGUGACACCUACCCUGCCCUGGUCGUCAUCCCCACCAGCAUCGAGGACGACGACCUCAAACGAGUGGUGGCCUUUAGGGCUAGGCACCGCAUACCGGUGUUAUCAUGGAUCCACCCAGAGAGCCAGGCCACUAUAGUCCGUAGCAGUCAGCCUUUAGUGGGACCCUCUGACCGGCGCUGUAAGGAGGAUGAGAGAUACCUCCAGACCAUCAUGGAUGCCAACGCUCAGUCUCACAAACUCACCAUCUUUGACGCCCGACAGAGCAGCGUGGCAGACAACAACAAGGCUAAGGAUGGUGGUUAUGAGAGUGAGAGUUUCUAUCCCAAUGUAGAACUCAACUUCCUGGAGAUCCCCAACAUCCACGUGAUGAGAGAGUCACUGAGGAAACUGAAGGAAGUGGUCUACCCUAGUAUAGAUGAGGCUCGCUGGCACUCUGCAGUCGACCAGACACACUGGCUAGAGUUCAUACGGCUGCUCCUGGCGGGUGCGGUGCGUAUAGCUGACAAGCUGGAGUCUGGUAAGACCUCUGUGAUGGUCCACUGUAGUGAUGGGUGGGACCGCACGACCCAGCUCACCUCUCUGGCCAUGCUGAUGCUGGACAGCCACUACCGCACCCUGAGGGGAUUCCAGGUACUGCUGGAGAAGGAGUGGAUCAGCUUCGGACACAAGUUUGCUGCGCGUGUGGGUCAUGGGGAUGAGAACCAUGCCAACUCGGAGAGAUCGCCUCUUUUUAUCCAGUUUAUAGACUGUGUCUGGCAGAUGAACAGACAGUUCCCUGCAGCGUUUGAGUUUAAUGAGUUGUUCCUGAUAACCAUUCUGGACCACCUCUAUAGUUGUCUAUUUGGUACGUUCCUCUAUGACAGCGAACAGGAGAGAGUGGCCAAGGAAGUCCAGACAAAGACAGUCUCUCUGUGGUCCUAUAUCAACAGUCAACCAGAGGACUUCACCAACCCGUUCUAUGUGGACUAUGAGCACCAGGUCUUGUACCCUCUAGCUAGCGUCAGACACCUGGAGCUGUGGACUGGGUACUACGUACGAUGGAACCCCCGUAUGAGGCCGCAGAUGCCGGUGCACCAGAACCUGAAGGAGUUGUUGUUCCUGAGAGCAGAAUUGCAGAGGAAGGUAGAGGAGUUGGAGAGAGAAGCAUCUUCAUCACGCGGCUCUCUCUCGUCUUCAUCAGAACACACAUCAUCACCCUCACACAGCGGGGGCACGCCCCUUCACACCAUUGUUUAAUACAGUACACACACCAUUGUCUAACACACACCUGAAUGCAGUACCCAACACAGAACUGAACACACACUUAACCACUUGUUUGUUCGUCUUCGUAUUCCUGAACCAGUUUUUCACCUCGUGUUUUUAUCAUAAAGAACUAGAAAGAGUUUAACUUGAGAAAAUAGGUACACGUUUGUAACAGUGUCAUUCUUUUUUUUGUAUUUAUAUAAGGGAAAAGAAAUGAGGUAAAUUGUUGAAAAAGUAUUGAGAAAAAAGCACCAUAGUAUUUGGUGUGUAUUUUAACAUAGAACAUGUAAAUAUGAAUAGAUUGAACUUACACAUUUCUACCUAAAGUAUACUCUUUACAAUGGACGACAGUUUCCAAUAUUAGAAAUGUUGAAUUCAUAGACGACGUGUUGAAAUAUCAAGUGCACUUUUUUAAACACAUUCGAGUAAGCAUGUAUUGAAGCAUGUUAUAUCAAGUGGAUCAUUAAGGAUACGUCCCAAAUGGUACCCUAUUUAGCCUGAUCAAAAGCUGUGCACUAUGUAGGGUGGCAUAGAGAGAGCUCUUAUUUAGGCUAUGUACUACUUAACCUUAUCCAGCUGUGCCAUAACUGGUACUAUAAUGUGUCCUAUUCCUGUCUGUCCCUUUUAAUGUACCCUGUUGUGUGUUCCUAUCAACAUGUUCCAUUCAGUCUGUGCACUUUAAAAAAAUGUCAUCUUUG